CUGUAAUCAUAUGAUUGGGAGUCGAGCCCCGCUGCAGAAUACCGACACACAGGGCCGACACAGGCGGAGGAACCGCGGCGGAGGAGACCGUCUGAUGGUAGACUUGUAGCCCGCUGAAGGAGUGCGUGGAGUCGGUUAAAGUGUCACCCGAAGUGUCAAAGAGAGCCACCCCCCCCCACACCAUUAAGGAACUUUUUUUCAAACUCUGGACAGAGCCGGGCAGAGGGGCACACCGUUUGGAAGAAGAGAGGGCUCACGUACGAGACGUUAACCGCAGGACAGUCGAUUUAAACCGGAGCUGAGAUUUGAGUUUUAUCCGCCAGCUAGAGAGGCGGUCAGCGGGUCGCGGCCGGUGGAAUCCACUGGGGUCCUCGCAUCGCUCGUCGGGGGUGUUUCUUCUUCUUCUUCUUCUUCCCCUUCUUCUUCUUCUUCUUCUUCUUUUUAUUUUUUAUUCCCCCGUAAGUUUCUCGACCCAGCUAGGUCACUUUUACUGUUGAAGCAAAAGCCAUGGUCGGGGAGACAGAGGUGAAGGAGAGACCCAAGUCCAACCCGGACUAUCUAAUGCAGCUGAUGAACGACAGGAAGGUGAUGAGCUCCCUGCCCAACUUCAGCGGCAUCUUCACGCAUCUGGAGCGGCUGCUGGAUGAAGAAAUUGGCAGGGUACGCAAGGACAUGUACAACGACACACUGAACGGCGGCAUGUUCAACGGGCGGGACAUGGAGGAACUUCCUGAGGCUAUCGGGCCCGUGGCGCAGCUGCAGGAAAAGCUCUACGUGCCUGUCAAAGAGUACCCUGAUUUCAACUUUGUGGGGAGGAUCCUGGGCCCACGUGGACUGACGGCCAAACAAUUGGAGGCAGAAACUGGCUGCAAGAUUAUGGUGCGAGGAAAGGGCUCCAUGAGAGACAAAAAGAAGGAGGAGAUGAACCGAGGGAAGCCCAACUGGGAGCACCUGAGCGAGGACCUGCACGUCCUGAUCACAGUGGAGGACACACACAACAGGGCCAAGAUCAAACUCCAGCGGGCCAUCAACGAGGUCAAGAAACUUCUCGUGCCCGCUGCUGAGGGGGAGGACAACCUGAAGAAAAUGCAGUUGAUGGAGCUGGCCAUUCUCAAUGGGACCUACAGAGACGCCAAUGUCAAGACACCCACCGCCGCCUUCCCGCUAGCGACCCCUCAGGCACCUCGGAUCAUCACAGGCCCGACGCCCGUCCUGCCUCCCACCCUGCGCAACCCCGCCCCCGUCACCACGCCGACCAUCAUGCCUCUGAUUCGUCAGAUCCAGAGCUCCACCCUCGUGCCGGGAGGCAAUCCGCACCCGGCGCUGGUGCAGCAAGGGCCCGAGUCUGGAAUCAUCUACACACCCUACGAGUAUCCCUACACACUCACACCCUCCAUAUUGGAAUACCCGAUUGACUCAACUGGAGUAUUAGUCUCUUCUCCCUGUGUUUUUGCAGGUGCCAUGACCACUAAGGUACGACGCCACGACAAGAGAAUCCAUCCUUACCAAAGGGUAGUGACCACAGACAGAGCUGCCACGGCAACUAACCCAUGACCCCUUGACCUUCUGACAUUUCCGCCCACUGAUGACCCACCCAUCUCUGCCUGCUGGCGUGCUCAUUGGCCCACGGCCCCGCCACUCCCCCAGCUCAGCCAACCUGAGACCGGCACAUUGGGAACACAACCGGCUGCCUCUGUCUAAUCAACAAACCGGAUGACAGCGAUCACGGGAAUAAACCUCAGGACCCCACCCGCCACCAAGUCCUAACCUAGACUUCACCAAACGUGCCUUCCUUACAAAACUCCAAAGCCAGUCUAUGAAUUUUUUUAAUAACCGACCGAGAGUUGAAAUCCCAAUCUGUUACAGAUAUUGCCGUGCAGAACCAGUAGACUUUACUGAGGACGGGCCCCAAACUGGUGAAGGACUCCUAAACUAAUCCGUAGCUGUGCCAAACUGUCUCUCUGAGCUGCCCCGCCCUCAGUCCACGCAAUGCAAUAAUAAUGACUCUGUUAAUAACAUGGUAACUAUACUGAUAAUGAUGAUAAUUGUACUUAUUGAGCACAGAAACCCUCCAUAAACACUAGACUGAGAGAGAUGCGGUGAUAUUUUGAAGUAUUUUCCUCAGCGGGCACCUCUCACUUCACGUGGGAAACUUCCCAGACACUUUUUAAAGGGACGCCUUCUACUUUUGGCCCAGCAUACAAUCAUCUCAUCAUAACAAAUUAUAAUUGUUAUUAAAAUGUUCAUAUAUUAACACGCUUUCCCUCGAAAUGUAACACCAACGUGCGGUUCCAAUGAUACGUUUAAAAAUGUAACAUGCUUUUUGUAUUUCUUUUUUAAGAGUUCACUAUUUUGUGCUAUAUUUACCAUAUUUGAAUGAGGAAUACUAAAAAAACAAAACAAAAAAGACACUAAGCAAAAUUCCGACGCAGGACCUCUUCACAGUAAAGCGGCAGGUGCUCAGUGAGGAAAAAUAACAAA